GCAUUCCCUACCUGUACAGACUGUAGACGGACAAUACAUUAGCUCUAUAAUCUCAGACACUGAUUAAUUAACUAUAUUACUAAUCAAAGAGCCUGCUGUUUACUGGGAGCUGGUAAUACUACUGGCUUACUCUUUGGAACCUUUGGUUGAUCUAUACAUGUGUAGCUAGCUGCUUUUCUCCAUGGCGCAUUUCGUGUAGAUACGUAGAGACGUUGAUUAGUAAAUGCAUGCAAACUGAAUUCUGUAUUAGUUUCCCAGCCAGUAGCGUCACUGAAAUGGCGGUUCUUCUCCAUGCGAGUUAAACGGAUUGCUUGGGUGAGAUUUUGUUAGGAUAAUCUCAGAGGUUGCUAGCAAUCAGUAGAGUUACUCAUAGUACUAAUACAUGUGCAAGUUUUCUUUAAUUAGUUUUGGUGCUUCUCCUGAUUGAAGAUGGUCGUGACCAAUUUUAGAACUGCAAAACCCCAUUAAACAUUGUUGGUAUGAAUUGGGCUUGGAAAAUACUCGAUCGAGCAGCUCCUUUGUUCUACAUUUUGGUUCAGCCUUACACACUUCACCGGAGAAUUUCCACGGCACCUAAAAAACAAGAGUUUCAAUUGUAUAAAGAAAUCCAUGUGUGACAGAACCUUUACACGAGGAGGGCAACAACGUCGACAUGGCAAUCGAGUCACUCCUGAAUGCGGAGAAGCAGUGUUGCCUGGCUGGCGAUGUGGCCAGCACUAGGAAGGACAUCGUCGAGCUCUCCUUCAAGGAUGGCGCCUGGAAGACGCUUAACUACCAGAUCGUUGUCCUCUCUAAGAGGAGGAGGGCCAGCUCAAGUAGAGAAUGGCAUCACCAGGGAGGACGGCAGCGGCGUGCCCGUGUUCGCGGAGUACAACCUCGACGAGCUCCGCGCCUCCACCGACGGCUUCGCAACGGACCACAUCGUCUUCGAGCACUGCGAGAAGGAGCCUAACGCCAUCUACCACGGACCCUCUUCAGCUCUGGCACCACCGUCGCCAUCAAGCUCUUCGACCGCUCCGCCUGGCCUGAUGCACGCCAGUUCAUGGAGGAGGCUAGGGCAGUUGGGCUGCUGCGUUCGCUUGUCCAACCUCAUCGGAUGAUGCUAUGAGGGUGGCGAGCGGCUUCUCGUUGCUGAGUUCAUGACGCAUGAUACCUUGGCAGCUGUGAUUCGUAGUGUGGUUAGGGUUUGUUAAGUUUACUAGCUCCUUCAUUGAUGAUGGGUCGCUGGUGGUGCUUUUCUGCCAAGAAUUAAAAAAAUAACUUAUUCCAUGUUUCAUGCGGUUUAUGCAUCUCUUUCCUAUUUCUCUAUUUUAGAU